AUGAUAUUUUGGUUAAAGAGUUUCACAAGUCUUUUAGUUGUUCUAACUACAUUAGUUAUUGCUGAUGAUCCAUGUCGGUUUGAACAUUCAAAAGGUGUCAUAGAUUUAAGAUCCUUAGCUAGAACUGAUGGAAAAGCGGCUUAUCCAGAUAAAACAGAAUCAGCGGGAGCUAAUUAUUUGUAUAGUUAUAAUCCAUGUAAACCAUUUUCAGAAGUAGGCGAUUGUAUUGAUGUAGCUGUUUGUCAAAUUUCAAGGGAUAAAGAAAAUGUUUUUAGUCUUGGUGAGCAAGAAAGUGCCACAUGGAAUCCGGGUGAAGGUCCAGACGAUAGUCCUUCUAUUACAUAUAGAUCCGGCAUAAGAGAAGCCUCUGUUACAUUAAUUUGUGCAACUAAUGAAACCAAUAAGUUAGAGGUUUUAGGAGAAGAUCCAGAAGAUUAUUAUAAAUUUCGUCUAACAAACAAAUGUGCCUGUUGGAAUGGAUGUGACGGAACUCCACCACAACGAAACUGUACAAUCAAUGGUUCUACUUAUACAUCGGACAAACAAAUUAUUCGAUCUCUUCCAUUCACUGUGUUAAUCAAUCCACCACAACCUCAACCAUCACCACCUACAUUUAGUUAUGCUAAUGUCGAUAGGAAUAGUCAUGUAAUUGAAUUGAUUCUAGUGAAUAUUCCUAAUAUUCCACUAGCUCUUUUUUGUUUGAGUAAUUUGCAAGAACUUUCUAUUUUUAAUUCUCCUAACGUCGUCAUUCCUCCUGAAAUAAGUCGUCUUUCUUUUUCACUCACAUCUUUGAUUGUAUCCAACAUUUCUCAAUCGGGUUCUCUUCCUGUUGAGUUAUUUAAUUUGGAACUUUUGUCAACAUUAUCGAUUAUUAACGGUGGUUUGGAAGUAUUGUCAGAAGAUGCAAACAAACUGAUUUCACUCACUCAACUAACACUCGAUAAAAAUCGUCUAGUUAGUCUACCGUGGGCACUGGGUAACCUAUCAUCUCUCACAUCAUUAUCUGUUAACGACAAUCUUCAUCUUUCUUCACUCGAUGUUCUUCAUGGAUCAACAUCACUCAAUAUCCUUCGAGCAUCAAAUUGCAUGAUUAAUCAUCUUCCUGCCAAUAUUCCAAAUUUACACGUAAUCGAACUAGAUGGUAAUCAACUUACAUCUCUCGAUGGUCUUGACACAACUGCAUCACACACUAGUACUUCAUUUUCAUUUAAUAACAACAAAAUUGUAUCUAUUUCAAGUGUUUCAUUAGCAAGAAUGGAGAUACUUAAUUAUUUUUAUUUAUCGAACAAUCUACUAACAACAUUACCCGAUUCACUCUAUCUAAUUAAAGAUAUGAAGAAACUCGAUAUUCAAAAUAAUAAUUUUGAUGCAAAAGAAAAAGCAUGGAUUGAAGGAAUAUUUCGAGUGACAAAUACUACUGUUCUUGUUUGA